CCCAAGGAGUUAAUGGUGUUUAGUUCGGAAGAAGAAGUUUGCUUAUAUUAUAGGACAUAUGCUAAGCAAGUGGGUUUUGGUGUGGUAAAAAGAGGCAAGAAAAAGAGCAAAGAUGGUAGUACAAAAUACAUCACCCUGGCAUGUGCUCGUCAAGGCACGACAGAAAGCAGCACAUCAUCAAAUGCUAUAAAGCCAAAUCCAACAAUUAAAACAGGGUGUAAGGCAAAGAUCAAUGCACAGCGGGCUGUUGAUGGAAAGUGGUUUCUGACUACAGUUGUGGUUGAGCAUAAUCAUAGUUUAAGCCCAAGCAAAGUAAGGUUUUUUAGAUGCAAUAAGAAUAUAGAUUUUGCUGCGAAAAGAAGGCUUGAAUUAAAUGAUAGAGCUGGGAUACGUCCAUGUAAGAAUUUUAACACAUUGGUUGUUGAAAUGGGGGGGUAUGAGAAUCUUGCCUUUGGAGAGAAAGAUUGCCGGAAUUUUAUUGACAAGGCAAGAGAUCUUCAGCUUGGCAAAGGAGGCGCUGAAGCACUUCGUGAUUAUUUUAAUAGAAUGCAAAAGCAAGAUGAUGGCUUCUUUUAUGUGAUGGAUAUAGAUGAUGAAUGUAGGUUGCGAAAUGUGUUUUGGGCCGAUGCACGGUGUAGGGCAGCGUAUGAAUAUUUUGGGGAUGUCAUUACGUUUGACACAACGUAUUUGACUAAUAGAUACGACAUGCCAUUUGCUCCUUUUGUAGGAGUAAAUCAUCAUGGUCAGUCAAUACUUUUAGGGGCAGGACUAAUAUCAACCGAGGAUACAAAAACAUUUGUUUGGUUGUUUGAGACUUGGUUGGGGUGCAUGAAUGGCCGUGCUCCAAGUGCAAUUAUGACAGAUCAGGAUAGGGCUAUGAAAAAUGCAAUUGCAAAAGUUUUUCCAAACACUCGACAUAGAUUUUGUCUAUGGCACAUUUUGAGAAAACUCCCAGAAAAGUUUGGAGCUCAUGCUGAAUACAGUGACAUUAAGAGUGCCCUACUAGCUUGUGUGUAUGAUUCUCAAACAUGUGAUGAAUUCGAGGAAAACUGGCAGAGUCUACUUGAGUGUUUUCAACUGCAUGAUAAUGCAUGGCUGCAUGGGUUAUAUAGUGAGCGGACUUUUUGGGUGCCGGCAUAUAUGAAAGAUACGUUUUGGGCGGGAAUGACUACUACGCAGCGGAGUGAAAGUAUGAACUCAUUUUUUGAUAAUUAUUUGCACUCAAAGACCACAUUAAAAGAAUUUGUUGACAAAUUUGAUAGUGCUUUGAGUAGAAUGGUUGAAAAUGAGAAACGUGCUGAUUUCAAAUCUUUUAAUAGCACGAUAAAAUGUGUGACCAAGAUUUCUUUGGAGAAAAAGUUUCAAGAUAUCUACACCAAUGCAAAGUUCAAAGAAGUGCAAGAGGAGUUUACGAGAAUCAUGUUUUGUAAUAACUCUCAUCUUAAAAAAGAAGGUGCAAUAUCUACCUAUCAAGUGACUGAAUUUGAUGUCAUUAGUGAAAAUUACAUUAAAGAUGUAGCAUUUUGUGUUUACUUCGAUGAAGAUAAAAUUGAAGUGCAGUGCAGUUGUGCAUUAUUUGAAUUAAGAGGCAUUUUGUGCAAGCAUUCCAUUUCUGUGCUACUUACAAGGAAAGUUACAGUGUUGCCAUCAAAAUACUUUCUUGACAGAUGGAGGAAAGAUAUUAAGCGAAGUUACACUUUUGUUAAGAGUAGUUAUGAUUCUGUUGGUGAUAAGCCUAAAGGCCAAAGAUUUGACACAAUGUGCAAGAAUUUUUAUGAAUUAGCGGACCUAACAUCAGAAAAUGUGGAUCAUUACAUGGAUGUGAUGAAAAAUGUUGAUAUUUUAAAGGAGAAAUACCGUGCAUUGAGGCUUGAACCUAGUCAGCUUUCCCAGCCAUCUUCUAGCGGUAAUGAACUUAAUGAAAGUAAUGAUGGUUUGGCAGUGCAUAGUGAUAAGCUACUUAGUCCUUUGAAGGUUCAUAGUAAAGGGAGACCACCGACAAACAGAAAGACCUCUAAAGCAAUGCAGGAUCAAGUGACUACAAGUGAAAUUUCAUUGCCUUCAGUAACUAAUGCUCAGCAUGGUCCUAUAGUAAGAGAUAGUAUAAUUACUCAGGAUUUCAUCUCUUCAGCAUCGACAGUGGCUCAAACAUUGGGUGGUCUCCAUCAGGUUGGAGUGCCAAUUGAUAUAACAUAUGAGUUAUCACGAUUGCUAUUUGAGCAAAAAUAUGAGGAGGCUUUCACUGCAGCUGUACAAAGAAAUGACGUGUCCAUUGUGUCUUGGCUAUGCUCCCAGGUUGAUCUACAGUGGCUAUUGUCAAUGAUUCCUCUCCCUUUGAACCAAGAAGUACUGUUAUUUCUUUUGCAGCAAUUAGCGUGUGAUAUCUAUAACGACCCAAUUCGAAAACUUGCUUGGAUGACAGACGUAGCUAAUGCCAUAAUCCCAACAGACCCGAUGAUUGCAAUGCAUGUGCAUGUGCGGCUCAUAUUCGAUCAAGUGUAUAACAUACUCAACCAUAUGCGAUGCUUGCCUACAUUUAUUGGUGAUGAGCUCUCAAGUAUUUAUCGUUUGAUGCAUGUUAUCAAUUCCAUGCGAUUGGCCUGUAAAUGA